AUGGACCACGGCGCAGUCCUCGCCACGUUCUCACCGUCCUCCCGCACACACAUGGGAGGAGCAUCAGCGUCUAGCCAGAGGUUGUAUCCGCUCUCCAAGCCCCCGGUCCAGCCCCCGGUCCAGCCCCGUCUCCCCCCGGCAUCCACCCCACAGCCGCACACUCAGACAGACCCCGAACCCCUUCCCACCCCUCCCACCGCCCCGGCCACGGACCUGGGGGGCUGA